AUGGCGGACAGCGGCCCCGCGGGGGGCGCGGCGUUGGCUGCCCCGGCUCCCGGGCCAGGCAGUGGGAGCACAGGGCCUCGUGUCUACUUCCAGAGCCCCCCCGGGGCGGCCGGCGAAGGCCCGGGGGGCGCGGAUGAUGAUGGCCCGGUGAGACGGCAAGGGAAGGUCACCGUCAAGUACGACCGCAAGGAGCUACGGAAGCGCCUCAACCUGGAAGAGUGGAUCUUAGAACAGCUCACGCGUCUCUACGACUGCCAGGAGGAAGAGAUCCCAGAGCUAGAGAUAGAUGUGGAUGAACUCUUGGACAUGGAAAGCGAUGAUACCCGGGCUGCUAGAGUGAAGGAGCUGUUAGUUGACUGUUACAAACCCACUGAGGCCUUCAUCUCUGGCCUGCUGGACAAGAUCCGGGGCAUGCAGAAGCUGAGCACACCCCAGAAGAAGUAAGGGUCCUGACCCAGAUGACCAUGGCUCCCACAGGACAAUCGCUGCCCCCAACCUCGUAGCAACAGCAAUACCAGGGGACCCUGCGGCCAGGCCUGGUGCCAUGAGCAGGGAUCCCUGUGCCCCUGCUUAGGGGCCACUUCCCUUGCCCUCAGUUUUCCAUUUUUGGGGUUUUUUAUUGUUAUUAAACUGAUGGGACUUUU